AUGUCGUGGCAAAAUUCCCACGGCCCUCCGAAUCGUUUCCCCCCUUCCCCUAGACCUCCCAACAUACCACGACAGGCGAAUCAACGACAGACACCCCAGUACCGUGCAUUCCAGCGAGCCCCCACCCCCGAGGUGGAGGAUUCAGAGGAAAUGGCCGUCGACGAUGAGAGCAAAAUCGCUCUCGACUUUCAACAACUACGCAAGUUUUUCGAGGCUAUGCAAGGCUGGUUCGCGAAACCGGACUUUGCCGACCUCGCCACACACCCCUCGCCGGAGGAUAUUGGCCAAUCCAUGGCCGCUAUCCAGGUGUUCCUCCUCAAGUGGUCUCAAAUGACCGGGACCCCGCUCAGCGCUCUGGUGCCCAGGCUUUGCCCACCACCAAUGACCGUCACUGAGGUUAGCACUCAGACUGACGCCCCCUCUCCUCCCUCCUCAAAAGCGUCGAAGACGUCGACGCCCAACCCUAAGCCCGCCACACACGGCCCCCAUGAGGCUACCAAGUCCUAUGCGGCAGCCGUGGGCAGGGGCCCCAAGCCUAAGGCCGAGGUCGUGGCUGCACUCGGCAAGGCUUUCCCACUCGCAUCGGCCGCUCAAGUUAUCAAUAUGGCCACCAAGAUCACUCCUGCCUCCAAGGCCCAUAUCCGGCACGCUCCUCGAGGGGCCGCGAAGGUUCUACACGUCACGUUUGCUGCUGGUCGGGCUCCGUUAGCAUCCCAACUUCCUUUAGACGGGCCGCUCUUUGAAGACGCCACCCGCCACCUUUCUCCUGCCUUACGUGAGGCCUCCACAGACACAUCUGCUCCCCUCACUCUCGUCUCCGUUUCCUGGAAUCAAGGCCGUUCCUUCAGGCUCGCCUUCUCUAGACCUCCCCCUGUCACGCUGGAUCCACUCCUUCAGCAGUACUUCUCCAAGUAUGCGUCCGAUCGCUUACCCGCGUCCAUCUGCAUCUCUCGCUUCAGGUUCUCCAACAGGGUCGCAUUCCGUCGCAUUCCGCACGUAUCGCCCACAGGAGAGACUGCCACAACCGUCUCCCUUAUACAGGAGCUGGUCCAGCAGCCGCUCUGGUCCUCAGUGACUCUCACCAAGGACCCCCAGUUCUAUCGCAAGUCGGGCGACACGUUCGGAAUUUUCUUUGCAGAGUUCGCGGACAAUGCUACCGACCACACGCUGCGCGCUGUUCUCAAACAGCCUGUCUACCUCAACGGAGAGUACUGCCGACCUGUUAAGGCGUUCGACUCCAAGCCUCCGGUGCCCUUCUGCGGCUGUUGCCAACGUUGGGGCCACCGUGCGCUCUCCUGCAGAUCCCCGACCAAGAACUGCCCACGAUGCGGGCUGUCCCACGAUGAACGCCAACACGAUCGACAUUGUCCCUCGUGUGUGGCAUCCCCUGUCGCAACGGGUGUGUGUUCGCACGCACCAAAGUGCCACAAUUGCGGUGGGCCACACCGGGCUGAUUCGCGGGAGUGUGCUUUCUUCAUCCAUCGGAGGGAUUCCGAGUGGAUUCGGAAGCAUGCUCCUAGCCGCCGCUCACCACCGAAGUCUCGCGAGAAGGGGGCACCUGCUCCCUCCCAAGUCAAUCGCCCUACCAGGCCCCGAGUAGAGGACUAUUUGGCUGGGGCAUCGUCGGAAGACAGAGGGGUGUUUGAUUCUCCUUUUGAUGGUCCGCCACCAGUGAAAAAGGCGAAAUCGAGUAAGAAGAAGUAGUUGGGUUUCUUCUCUGUUGUCUUCAUGCACGGCCAUUCUACGAUAGUUGUGUCUCAUAUCCCCCGUCCCGUCGGACAUCACUUGAACGUUCGAUACUUCUCUUUCGAAAUAACAGACAGUAUUCUGAGUAGGUACACACUUUCACGGACUCAGUCGACAAUUGCUCUUCUU